UGAAGGCAAAGGUCGCACUGAUCCUCCGCCGCAUUCAUCUCUGGCCGCCGCUGGAUUUUUUUCUCCCUCCUCCUCCUUCUCCUCCUCUUCUUCUUCUCCUUCCAUCCCUCUCUCCCCUUGUCCCUCUCUCUUUUCUCUGCCUGACUGGAAUAACCGAAGCCCGUCACCGCGGCGCCUCCGUCCAUGUGUCGGAUCGCUGGAUGCUGCACAGGAUGUUGAGAGGCUGAGGAGUACUGGCGGCUGCACCGAGGCUGCGUGCCGAGCUAGCCCGUGGAGAACUGACAGGAACAGUACUGGAUGGAGGCCAAGACAUUGGAUGGCGAAUGCGAGGAAGCACACAGUACUCAGGCUCACUUGUGUUAUUUGUUCUCUUUCUUAGCUGAUCCAAAGUAGAUGCAAAGUGUUGUGCGAUGUGCCUCCUUUGUUCACCCUGUCACGCACGGAGAGAUGGCAAAAAGAAUCAGGAUAGUCAUUCGAGGCUAAAGAAACUUUUUUUUCUGCAUGUGGGAUUUGCACACGUAUUUCAGAAAAUUUGAAGGUGAUAACAAAAGAAGUGUGGACUCUAGAAAACAGUUUCAUCCACACAGCUGUGUUGGAUCAGAGACAAUAAGGAAGCCAGUAGUUUUUGAUAGUAUUCAUCAUGGGCUGGUGUCCAGGAAAGGCUUCCUGGCUACUCUUGUUAGCUGGGUUGGUGCUGACAGGAAUAGCUUUGGAGUAUGAAGGGGUUCCUGGUCAGUGGACACGCUACGGCCAGUGGGACGCCAAGACAACAGGCGAGCUCAGCUUUAUACUGAAAAGCAACGCCAGCAAAGCCCUGGUGCUCUAUCUGGAUGACGGAGGGAACUGCGACUUCCUGGAGCUCCUCAUCGCAGACGGGAGGCUCCAGGUGCGCUUCACCAUCCACUGUGCCGAACCAGCCUCCCUGCACACUGAGACACGCAUCAACGACCAGCGGUGGCACCGAGUCCUCCUCUCCCGCAAUUUCAGAGAGACCAGGCUGGUGGUGGACAACGAGGAGAAAGUGUCCGAGGUGAAGUCCAAGAGGAAAGAGAUGGUUGUGGCCAGCGACCUCUACGUGGGCGGGAUUCCACCGGACGUCCGUCUCUCCGCCCUGACGUCCAGCACGGUUAAAUAUGAGCCGCCGUUCCAGGGCCUCAUUGUCAAUUUGAAACUGGGGGAGGCGCUUCCGCUGCUGCUGGACGGUCAGGCUGUUCUCGGUGAUUUGGAGUACAUAUGUGCCGCACACUCUCCCUGCAGCAAUGGCCUGUGCUCCGUCAGCCAGGGAGAGGUCCUCUGUGACUGCAUCAAUAGCAGCAGCAGGGGAAGGUACUGCCAUGAAGCUGUCCAGAAAGAAGUGGAAGGACAGGAGGAGUCAGUUGCUACGUUCAAAGGCAAUGAGUUCUUCAGCUACAACCUGUCCCAGACUCCCAUUCAGAGCAGCUUGGACGAGAUCACGCUGUCCUUCCGAACCCUCCAGAGGAACGGCCUGCUGCUUCACACGGGGAAAUCCGCUGACUAUGUCAACCUGUCCCUGAGGAACGGAGCUCUGUGGCUGGUCAUCAAUCUGGGCUCCGGUGCUUUUGAGGCCCUGGUGGAACCUGCCAGUGGGAAGUUUAAUGACAACGUCUGGCAUGACGUUCGAGUGACACGCAACCUCCGCCAGGUGACGAUCUUGGUGGACGGCAUUCUCACCACCACGGGCUACACCCAGGAGGACUACACCAUGCUGGGCUCCGAUGAUCUCUUCUACAUAGGGGGCAGCCAAAACACAGCUGACCUGCCAGGCUCCCCAGUCAGCAACAACUUCAUGGGCUGUCUGAAAGACGUGGUCUACAAGAACAAUGAGUUUAGGCUGGAACUGUCACGGCUGGCGGAGCAGCAGGACUCCAGGAUCAGCCUCCACGGGGACCUGAUAUUCAGCUGCGAGAACGUGGAGGCCCUGGAGCCGGUCACCUUCGACACGCCGUCGGCCUACUUGACAUUGCCCAGGUGGAACACGAAGAAGACGGGCGCCAUAUCUUUCGACUUCCGCACCACAGAGCCCAGCGGCCUGCUGCUGUUCAGUCACGGCAGCCUGCAGGGAACGCAGCCCGACAAGAAGCCCAGGGCCGACUUCUUCGCCAUAGAGCUGCUGGAUGGAUUGCUCUACCUGGUCAUGGACAUGGGCUCUGGCAGCAUCAAGAUGAAAGCCAGUAACGUGAGGCUCAGUGGUGGCGAGUGGUGCCACGUGGAGUUCCACAGGAAAGGGCGCAACGGCUUUAUCUCCGUGAACAGCCAGAGCAUCCCCUUCGCCACUAAUGAAGGCAGCGAGAUCCUCGACCUAGAUGGGGACAUGUAUCUCGGAGGAUUACCCGAGGACCGCCAAGCUCUCAUGCUGCCCCCUGAGGUGUGGACCGCCUCCCUCGGCCUCGGCUACGUUGGCUGCGUGAGGGACCUCUUCAUUGACGGGCAGAGCCGCAACCUGUGGAGGCUGGCGGAAGUUCAGAGCGCCACAGGUGUCAGCAGCUUCUGCACCAGAGAGACUCACACGCGGUGUGCCAAAGACACGUGUCCCAACGGCGGUCACUGCAGAGAAGGCUGGAACCGCCAUAUUUGUGACUGCAAUGGCACUGGGUACCUCGGUCUGAGCUGUGAUAAGGAGGCCACCACGGUGAGCUAUGACGGCAGCAUGUAUCUGAAGGUGGUGCUGCCAAGGACGCUGCACACGGAGGCCGAGGACGUGUCCCUGCGCUUCAUGUCCCAGAGGGCCUUUGGGUUGCUGAUGGCCACCACGUCUCACCAGUCAGCGGACACCCUGCGUUUGGAGCUGGAUGGAGGCAGAGUCAAACUCACUGUGAACCUGGAUUGUAUCAGGAUAGACUGUAAUCUCAGCAAGGGACCAGAGGUGCUCCUGGUUGGCGACAAGCUGAACGACAACGAGUGGCACGCGGUCAAGGUGGCGCGGCGUGGGAAGAGUCUGCAGCUCUCUGUGGACAAUGUCACAGUGGAAGGCCACAUGACCGGCGCCCACACUCGCCUGGAGUUCAACAACAUCGAGACGGGGAUCAUGUCGGAGCGGCGUUUCAUCUCGGUGGUGCCCUCCAACUUCAUCGGCCAUCUGCAGGCCCUCUCCUUCAACGGGAUGCUGUACCUGGACCAGUGCAAGAACGGAGACAUCUCCUUCUGCGAGCUGAAUGCUCGAUUCGGCAUGAGGCACAUUGUGGCCAAUCCUGUAACUUUUGUGACCCAGGCCAGCUACUUGGCCUUCUCGACGUUGCAGGCCUACGCUUCCAUGCAUCUUUUCUUCCAGUUCAGGACCACCAGCCCUGACGGCCUCAUCCUCUACAACACUGGAGAUGGCAGUGACUUCAUCAUGGUGGAGAUGGUGAAAGGGUACAUUCAUUACGUUUUUGACUUGGGAAAUGGGCCGUCACUAAUGAAGGGAAACUCAGACAAGCCUCUCAACGACAACCUGUGGCACAAUGUGGUGAUAUCCCGUGACAACAACAAUAUGCACAUCCUGAAGAUUGAUGCCCGCACUGUCACACAACACACCAACGGAGCACGCAACCUGGAUUUAAAAGGGGAGCUGUAUGUUGGUGGUCUUGGGAAGAGCAUGUACAGCAGCCUGCCCAGGUUGAUAGCAUCACGGGAAGGAUACAAGGGCUGCCUGGCAUCUGUGGACUUGAACGGAAGACUCCCCGACCUGCUGGCAGACGCCCUCUACAAGGUGGGGGAGGUGGAGCGCGGCUGCGGAGGUCCUAGCACCACCUGCACAGAGGACUCCUGCCACCACCAGGGAGUGUGUCUGCAGCUGUGGGAGGGCUUCUCCUGCGACUGCACCAUGACCACCUACGGGGGGCCGUUCUGCAGUGACCCUGGGACCACGUACAUCUUUGGGAAAGGGGGCGCUCUCAUCACCUUCACCUGGGCUCCCAAUGAGCGGCCGAGCACCCGAGCCGACCGGUUGGCUGUGGGCUUCAGCUCCCAGCAGAAGGACGCCAUCUUGGUGCGAGUGGAGAGCACCCAUGGGCUCGGAGACUAUCUUCAGCUGCAUAUAGAUCAAGGGAAAAUCUGUGUCAUCUUCAAUGUGGGGACAGAUGACAUCACCAUCGACGAGCCUGCUGUCAUAGUAAAUGACGGCAAGUACCAUGUUGUGCGCUUCACACGCAGUGGUGGCAAUGCCACUCUCCAGGUGGACAACCAUCCAGUCAUUGAGCGAUAUCCGCCAGGACACUAUGAUAAUGAACGACUGGCUAUUGCUAGACAAAGAAUCCCAUACAGACUUGGUCGGGUAGUUGACGAGUGGCUACUCGAUAAAGGGAGACAGUUGACAAUCUUUAACAGCCAGGCGGCCAUUAAAAUUGGCGGCAACGACAAGGGUCGGCCCUUCCAGGGUCAGAUUUCAGGGCUGUAUUACAAUGGUCUCCAGGUGCUCAAACUGGCAGCAGAAAAUGAUCCCAGCAUUCAGGUGGAUGGGAACCUGCGUCUGGUCGGGGACUCACUCUCUGUGCUAACCACCGACACAACGUCCGCCACCCCGCUGGCAGUCUCCGAUAUGUCCACCACCAUCAUGGAAACCACCACCACUAUGGCCACCACCACCACCCGCAGGCAGCGUUCACCCAGCUUGAGGGAGAGCAUCUCAAAGCCCCAGAACUCUGAUGAUAUUUUGGUGGCUUCAGCCGAGUGUCCAAGUGACGAUGAGGACCUGGAGGAGUGUGAACCUGGAACAGGAGGUGAAUUAGUGUUGCCUAUUAUAACAGUGGAUUCCCUUGAGCCCCCAUCCAUCGCCACCCGUUACCCUGUCAUCCCUCCUCCCCCCACCCUCCUCUCCCCACUUGAUACCACCAAAGAGUCCCUCAUGCUCCCCCCUCAUCCUUCCUGCCCCCCGGACCAGGAGGACUGUGGUGACCCUGUGGAGGUCUCGGCCUUCGGCUCUGGGGAGAUGACGGAAUCUGAUGACGAGGACUUUUACAAAAAUAACUCCCCCAUGGUCACUGACAGGACAGUCCUUCCUCCACCUCCCGCCGUUGGUGAGGGUGGAGUCCAGAAACCCCGCCCCCUACCUCCUUAUGUUCCCACCACCAACCCUGACCAGCUCCACAUCCCCGCAGGCAAAAUGAACACCCGUGACCAGGUGCUUCUGCCCCCUGCUCCUCCCUCCUCCCGAAACACACCAGGACUAACUUACCCUCCCAAUUUUCCCCAUGUGCCCACAGCCAAUCCCACAGUCUCUGAUGAAAAGAGCCAACCCGGUGCCGUGGAGGUGAUCAGGGAGUCCAGUAGCACCACAGGGAUGGUGGUGGGUAUCGUGGCUGCUGCUGCUCUCUGCAUUCUUAUCCUCCUCUAUGCCAUGUACAAGUACCGCAACCGGGAUGAGGGCUCCUACCAGACGGACCAGGGCCACAGUUUUGCCAACAAUUCCACUGUGGAUGGCAACGGAGCGGUCAAAGACAAAAGCACAGCGACGGCCUCUGUGGCCAAGGCAAUCACAAAGGGCAAAAAGAACAAAGACAAAGAAUACUACGUCUGAGAGCGCAGAGGAGGGCGAGUAGUUUGGACUGAGACAAGAGGAAGAGAGAGAGAGUGCUUUCGUUUCGCUCCCUGAUUUUGUCAGGUCGACCAUCAGUGGAAUUUCAUGGGCCACAUAAAAACAGCUGCAGCCUAUUACCGAUGAAAUCUUCAUCCAGAACACGAGAUCUGACUCAUCCUCCGUGCUCCAAGGUGUGCUCCAAUCUGCAUUCACAGAUUCUUUGUUAAUGUAUCAUUUUUUUAUGUUUUUAACAAGCUGGGAGAUGCAUAUCCACUUUGGCUUUGUAUAUAGCAUGGAUAUGGUACAGUGGAGAAAGUGCUGAGAAAUGGACAGGUUUGCCUAAAUGUUUUCUUUGUUCUUUGUAAUGCUCUAUCUCAACAAGUGUCCCCAUUAUGAUAUAUGAGGCAGAACAGGCCAAUUAUUGAGUUUUUAUGGUAGAUGAGCAGAGAGAAGCCCAGGAUUUCUGACAACAGUAAAAAAGAAAGCCUUUUUUUGGAUAAGACAUCAUCUGUGCAGCCUCCAUCUUAUGUUAUGUGGUUUUUAAAACUCCCCAGUCACCCUGCCUCUGAUCACAGAAGAUGGUAUUAUGUUGCCGGUGCAGUAUCAUAAAUGAAGCAUGUCAAGCGCUCUAGUAAAAAAAAAUACAGCAAAUUUAGAUGAAUUACUAAAUCACUCAACACACUCCUGUCAAUGAAGCAUAUAUCAUGAUGGAAUCCGAUUUUUUUUAUUUUUUAUGUGAGACAUCCCAGUCAUUGAGCCAUGUCAUUCCAAGUAGGGGUAAUUGUGAACAAGUCUGACUACACCAGUGAAGGUAUUUCUCUGUAAACAUUGUUUGUAUGUACAUAUAAAGGCUGGUGGAUUGAAAAAGCAUUGUGUACGCAGGGGGAGUAGGUGUGGAUAAACCAGCCCCCUUCAACAGCUUUCACAGAAAGAUGAAAAACCGCUGCAGCCCCCCCCCCC